AUGUUCUCCUCCAUCUCCAGCACGCCGGCCAAACAAUCCGUUGGCGACACCAUCAGCGUCCUCAGCGGCCGCCUCGGUUCCGCAACCCUCCUCGAAGACCGGCGCGCCGCUGUGCUGGGCCUGCGAAGCUUCGCAAAGGACUACCCGGCGACUGUGGCAUCGGGAGCCCUGAGGGGCCUGAUUGGCAGCUUGUCCAAGGACGCCGAAGAUGUCGACACCAUCAAGAUCGUGCUGGAAACGCUGCUGAUGCUCUUCAACCCCAACCAGGAGAGCCCCGAAGCAUCAGACGAAAUCGCCCUCUGGCUGGCCGACGAGUUCACGCAGCGCCAGGAGAACAUCACCCUCGUCCUCGACUUCCUCGACGCCCCCGACUUCUACUCGCGCCUAUACUCUCUGCAGCUGCUCAGCUCGAUCCUCACUGCACGCACCCAGCGGACCGAAGAAUGCGUCCUCUCUGCGCCCCUGGGCAUCAGCCGGCUCGUCGCGGCGCUUGACGACCAGCGGGAGGCGAUCCGCAACGAAGGCGUCAAUCUCUUGAUACUGCUGACGUCCAGCUCGCUAGAGAUACAGAAGCUCGUUGCCUUUCAGAAUGCCUUUGAAAAGCUGUUCGACAUCAUUGCCGCCGACGGCUCGCUCUCCGAAGGCGGCAGGACGGUGGAGGACUGCUUGAUCCUCCUCGCCAACCUGUUGAGGGGCAACUUGGCCAACCAGUCUCUCUUCCGGGAGUCGGGCUGCAUAGGCAAGCUCACGGAGAUGCUCAAGGGCCUGCUCGAAGCGCAGAAGCAAGAAGACAACCUCGCCAAAUGGGCACAGAUUCAACACAACCGCAACAUCUACGCCUUCCUGUCCAUCAUCCGCCUGUUCUUGUCGCCAGGCUCCGCAGAGACGCACAUGAACCAAGCUACGUUCUGGAGACAUGGCCUCAGCUAUCUCGUUCUCCAACUCGCGUUCGACCACGACGUCCAGUUCCAGAUCAAGGCCGAGGCCUUGCUCGCUUGUGGCGAUUUGAUCCGUAACAACAUGCUCGUGCAGGAAGCAUUUGCCUCGCUCAUGGUCCCUCCACCGCUGGAAUCCGCGGCCGAGAUGCCAAGUGCGGCCAAUGGCCAGGCCAAGAUUUACAUCAUUGACGGCCUGCUUGACUUGACACUGAAUGUGCACGACCUCUCUGCGUUUGAUCUACGAUACGCCGCUUGCCAAUGCCUAAAGGCCUAUUUCUCUAACCACGCCGAAGUAAAGUCUCACUUCCUGGGAAGAGCCAUAGAGGGCUACCAGUCGGGGCGGGACGAAUCUGCCAACAUCCUGAGCGUUCUGCUGAGGCUACCAGGUGACGUAUUUCUAAGUGACCCGUAUCGCGUGUGGUUCGCCGCCGUUAUUGCGUUCCAUCUGCUCCAUGACAAUCCCGCGGCCAAGGCAGUGGCAAAGGGUUUGACCGAAGGGGAUGCCUCCAAGGGUGAGGAAGUUGUUACCAGUAUCCAGACCAUCACAGCCCAUCUCCUCAUGCGGAUACGCCGAGAUGACGAUACGCGGAUAUUGGUGGCUUACCUGAUGCUACUCCUCGGCUGGCUGUUUGAGGACCUCGACGCUGUCAACGAUUUCCUUUCCGAAGGGAGCAACGUCCAGGGCCUUAUCCAAGUCAUCUCGCAGCCAGUCCGCGUGGCAGGAGAGCUUGUCCAGGGGUUAUGUGCCAUGCUGCUGGGGGUUGUGUAUGAGUUCUCUACAAAGGACUCGCCCAUACCACGAGCAACGCUGCAUUCCAUCUUGGAGUCGCGGCUGGACAGAGAUGGGUACGUGGACCGACUGACCAAACUCCGGAACCAUCCUUUGCUCCGAGAGUUCGAGGUCACGCCGCAAAAACUCAUGUCUACCCCUGAAGGCGAGGAGGUCAACGUCUUUUUCGACGAUGUCUUUGUCGACUUCUUCAAGGACAACUUCAGCCGUGCCAUCCGCGCCCUUGACAAGGCGCCCGAUAUUGAGGUCUCGGUCAUUACGAAUGGAACGGAGCAGGGUAUUUCCAGACAGCUCGUAGACUCCUUACGGCAGCAAAUAGAGGAAAAAGACCGCGCAAUUGAAGAAGCCAACAGCGCCAACAGAUCCCUGGAAGGGGUCAUUAAGGAGGUGCAAGAGGCACACCGCCGUGCAAAGGAAGACGCCGAGGCCACGGGCGCGAGAUUGACGGCAGAGAUGCGCAAACUUCAAAGCGAGCAGGCUGCUACAGUCUCUGGGCUUGAGCAAAGGAUUGCGCAGAUGCAGCAGCAGCUCAAUGCUAAAGACCAGCACCUUCAAACCCAGCUUGCUGCCAAGGACCAGUAUCUGCAAACCCAGCUGAGCAGCAAGGAUCAAGCCCUGAAAGCCCAGCUAACCCAGGCUCAAAAGGCGCACGAAGUAGAAGCAGAGCGUGCCAGGCAGAGAGCGGAAGCUGAAAUUGCAGACCUGCGGGCGACCGUCAGCAGGCUCGAGGUCGACGUAAUGAAGGCCAACAAGAGCAAGGCUUCUGAACUGCAGGCUCUUCGCAAGGAGCAUGCAGAUGCGGUAGCGGAGCGCGACUCCCAGUUGAAGAAGGCCAACGAAAAGGCAGAAGAGCGCGAAAAGCAGCUUACCGCUCUGAAGGAGGAGCUGCGGGAGGAAGAGGAGGAGAGUCGGACAGAGGCCGAGAAGCGACAAAAGGACGUUGAGAAGUUACAAGCCGAGGCUGACAAGCUGCGGCAGGAAGCUGCAAAGGUGAGAAACAAGAGCAAUUUGCUGGCCAAGCAUGACGUUGCUGACGCUCGACCUCAGUCAAAGCAAGCCUUGGCCGAUGCUGAAAAGGCCAAGGACUCGGUGCAGUCGGAACUCGACGAUCUCCUCAUGGUGUUUGGCGAUUUGGAGGAGAAGCUCAGCAAGUACAAGGCCCGUUUGCGGGGACUUGGGCAAGACGUAUCCGACGGCGAGGACGACGACGGAGACGAUGGUAGUGACGAAGAGGAAGAGAGUGAAGAUGAGGAGAAGGAGAAGGCUGUUGACUGA